AUGUGGACUAGCGUAUUAGCCGGUAUCUGUAGUCUAGUGACAACAUUCACCCUGGUACGGUAUGCUAUGAAUCCGUGCGAUUUUCGACCAAAUGAAAAACCAAUCGUGUAUAUUGCAUUAUGUCAAUUACUGUUUGCUCUUGGUUAUGGGUUAAGUUUAGGCCUAGGUAGAGAAACUGUAACCUGUGGCCGAGAUUUAGACUCAGGACGUAAAAUUCGCCUACAAGAAGGUUUAGAUAAUGCCAUGUGUGCAUUUGUCUUUAUGGUUCAGUACUUCUUCUCCAUAGCUAGUUAUAUUUGGUGGACUAUGCUUGUCUUUCAUUGGGCACUACAAAGAACCGGGAUGAUAUUCUCGUGUUUAUGUUGCUCCACCGCGUCGUCAUCCUCGACGCCACCACCAAUACCACUACAAUCAAACUGUCAUCGCUUCCAGGAGUACCAUCUACGACAGUGGUUGUUACAAAUUGAACGGCUUUUUUGUUCAUGCCUUGAAACUUCAGUAAAUUCGAAUAAAUCUGAAAUUAUUACAAAUGAAGGAUUAGUUCAGAAUAAUAAUCCACCUCUAACAGGGGCAACAACUCAAAAUGAUGCUACGAAAAGAGAUUGUUAUCAUCGUUAUUAUCAUCAGCAACAAAAGCAUUCUAAUCAAUAUUGGUUAACAAUGAAUUCGAAUCAUCAACGGUAUGCUAUGUUUACACCGAAAACAGAUCAAAUUACAGCAUGUUUAGCUAGAGAACAUGUUGUCGCCUGGUUGACAGCUGGUCUAUUCACUGUUGGUGUUCUUGUCAGCCGACAAGUUGAUGCUGACGAACUGAUUCCUGUAUGUGGUGUUGGCCGACAAAAUACCAGUGUUCUUGGUGCAUUUAUCUUAGCCCCACAAACUGUAUUAAUCACAUUAGGCGGGAUAGCAUUUAUCUUUGGAUUUAUAUGUUUAUUCCCGUGUUUUCGUCAUCGAAAAUGUUUCUAUUGGCAACAGUUUAAAACAAAACCAGUUAGUAUGCAGGCUCCUAGUGCUACUGGUGGACAUUGUAGCAAUCAACCGCCUUAUCCACAAAGUUAUUAUCCUCUAUACCAACAAAAAGGUCAACAGAUGGAAACAGAUCAUCAUCCGCAGCAGCAGCAGCUGUCUAUGGAGGAUUGCGUUAAUCCGCCUCAUGUGAAUACAACAUCUACACCACAGACAAGAUCAAGUCUGAAAAAGUCUAAAACAGGUAGAUCACAUUGUCAGCCAACUGCAUUCAUCAAUAAUCCUUCUGUUUCUCAUCAGUCUAGUCAACAGCGUUUUUAUCAAAAUUACAAUCAUCUGUGUUAUACAUCCGGUAGGUCAUCUCCAUCCCCUGGGGAUCCAAUGGAAUUUCGUAUAGGGCUGUUCUGUUUCCUUAUCUUAUUCCAUUGA